AUGGCCUGUGGAUGUGUCGUUGGACCUGCAAGUGCCUCCUUCUCUAUGUUCCGCCGCGAAGUGGUGGGAGAGGGCGAUGGCGAGGUGAAGAGCCUGGGAGAGUUCGAGAUGGCCUGCCUGCGGGCAUCGGACAGCCGUCCGGUGCUUCUGUGGGACGAGGCAGGGGCGUUGACGAUGGAAGAUGGGGACACCCACCUGAUGGAAUGCUGGGAGGAGCUUGACUUUUGGGGUCACAACGUAAAAGAGCAGAAGGAUGUAAAAGAAGAGGACGCAAAGAAGCUUGCCUUCGAUUGGACCAGAGGAGGCCCGAGCCGAGUCUGCAUGUAUGUGCGGGAGACGCACACGAUGUGGUACAAGGAUCUCACGAACUUGGCCUCCCAUCCAGUUUGUACAUACCACAAGCACGCUAAACGGAUCAAGGGUUUGUUGUUAUUCUCGAACCUUCUGAGCAAUCCCGUGUCUUCCCAGCCGUGCAUCGAUGAUGCCAAGCUUGCUCUGAACAUGGAUUGCUCCUGUAUGCAAACCAGAAGUUUGCAUGGCUUGCGUGGCGCAUCCUUGACAACACCAUCUAUAAUCGCUUGGAGCUCACCGAGCCGUUGGACGAAGAAGGAGUCAUUCCACAGGGAAUAG